AUGGUCAGACUACCGACACUCCUCGAGAGUGUCCAGGUAGCUGCUGUUCUGUCAGCGUCUGUCGUACAAGGCCAGACUGACAACACAGUUGAAUGGACUAUCGGCACAAAAAUAAGACUUUUUGGAACCGACACCUCCACGCCUUGUGCGGCCAGUCUUCAAGACGCUCAGAACAACACAAGUUUCACUCCUGUCCUGGCCAGCAGUGAUGCGACCUCGUCUGCUCAAGAUGGCAACAACACGGACACCCAGAACAUCUGGCAACUGACCUUGUUGACUGCUAAGGUGGCCCUUGAGGGAGGGUCUCCCUUCGCUAUCUUCGCCUCGUCCCUAGAUGCCCUCGACAGGCCCGGCACCUCUGGCGAUCCUCUCACCUUUUCGCCAUCCACCAAGUCGGGCUUCUGUGCUUACGCCGAUGACUCUGGAAAGCUCGUCGUCCAGCCCACCAAAACACCGCUCUACUUCCCGCAGGCCCAAGUAACGAACCUGACAGCAUCAUCCUUCGGCAAAACCCCGCCAACAUCCGACGUGGCCAUUCCCCAAUGCAACUUUGCCGUCUCGGGAAAUGGCUCAAUGAUCGACAGUCUAGGUUCUGCUGAUUGUAUCGUUGCUCGUGCCUUCGCAACGAUCCCCAGUGGCUGCGACGCGAACCCUUCCAAUAAGACAUGUAUCCUUCACCUUUGGUCAGCCUUUUGCCUCGAUCUACCAGAAGUCCGCAACGGUCUCAACGCCUCGGAUGCCCUGGAGAUUUGCGUCAGGAAGAUCAGUCAAGGGCCUUGCGUUGCCAAUCCCUCUGGUGCUGCCUGUGCAUCAGGACUAUUUGCUGGGAUCCAAUAUGUCGGCGGAGUCGGCGGCGGCGGAAGCGGUAGCGGUAGCAGCUCAUCGAAGCGUCAGACCGCAAACGACCCGCUCUUUGGAAACCCAGAGUCGAACAUUCCCCUUGAAGACCAGUUCUGGAUGGGUGUCAUGAAAAACAUUAUCAACCAAGCUAUCGGGGCUUUCAAGUUCCUUGCCACUCCACAAAUGAAAGAGCUUCAGGUAACAUGUAUGGGAAUGAGCCACCUGACAUCAGUGUUCGAAGCUAGUCUUGGCAAGACAAUACGAGACGGAUGCCGAGAUGCAUUCAAAGCGUUCGAUAGCAUUCACGAGCUCAGCUACGACAAUGAUAUCGAGAAGGCCGGUAGCGUCUUCGCGGACGUUGUGUCGCUGCUGAGCGUCGUCGCCGAUGUUGCUCGAGCAGCCCGGGCCGUCGGUGCCGUUGAUAUGGUCCUGGCCAAGUUCGGAAAAGCCACCGCGACAAUUGGAGAGGGCAAAGGUCUCAUGCUCGAAGCCAAGGAGGGUGAGAACACUGUCCAGAUCUUCCGCGAUGGUGGAGAUGGCAAACCAAAGCUGCUAUAUACCGACUCUGAUGUGGCUGCUAUGGAGAAAUCCAUUGAGGAAGGCGGUUUCGACAACUGCAAGGUCUGUGUAGAGGGUGGCGGCGCCAAGUUGACGCUCGAAGCCCCGGAAAGCGUCUGGAACGACCAAAAGGGCCUGACGACGGAGAUCGGAACCACCGAGGCCAUUCCCCUUGCCGAACGCACGAUUGCUGCUCUAUCCAGUACUGCCGGCAUCACGGCUGAGGAGACUAAGAUUAUUACUACUAUGAGUGAGAGUUUUGCCAAGUGGUACGCGGAGGGUCAGUCAAUAUCCGCCAAUGUUGAUGAGAUGAGCAGUUUGCUCCUAGAGGCAUCGAAGAACCAGGCAGAUUGGGUUAAAAUCUCGAGUGCGACGACAAAACUGUAUGGUCUGAGUUCGCAAGAGACUUCUGCCCUGAGGACUUGGGCCCAGUUCUACUAUAUCUGGCCCGAUUUCGAGCCUGCAAUCACGAAGCUACCAGCAGCCACCGGCUUGGUCAUCCGCUCAACCGACCUGGAGGCUUCCACGGUCACCAUGCUAAAUAAGCUGGAGGCUGGGACAAUCAGCAAAGGAACGCCUGGAAUCUAUGAAGUCUCAGAUCUUGUCGUCAAUGUCAACAGUGGUAUGACCGAGGAUGGGGAUCUGAUUCGGAAAGUCAUGGCUACGACUCUGAACCUCGGCGAUGGCAUGUUUACCACGACCAAAGAUUAUCUACUUAUGAUCAACUCCAAGACUGGACGUUACCUGGCGCCUGUCGCCAACUCCGAGUACAGAGAGACGGAUUUCGUGCAGGGCAUAGCCGGGAAAUUUAAGCUUAUAGGCCGCCAGGAGCUCAACGGUGGCGAGGCCGCAAAAGCCGCUGGAAAGCCGGGGCCUUACGGUGUUUACUACUUUGAGGAGAUAGAGGCGCCGGCCUCAACCUCGACGGCUACUGUUGCUGAUUUGAGAAAGGCCCUGACCGACGAAGGCGUCUCUCUGCCCGGUACUUCUGCCAAGAGGGGCCUGGACGGGCUGAAGGUUUCGCCCCGUAUUCAGAGGCGUUCUCUUCAUCCCAUCAGGAACCGUGUGCACCUUGGAUAA